AUGGACGGGAUUAUAGCAAAGACGGUCUUGGGUACCUUCGUUGGUAUCUGCACCAUCUUAUUCGUGCUACAAAAAGUGUUGAUCGGAAAGCAAGACCCACGAGAACCACCGCUUGCACCGACCAGCAUCCCGUAUUUUGAGCAUGCAUUUGGGAUGUUGCGACAGAAGCAUGAUUAUCCUUUAUCCAUCUAUCGAAAAACUAAAAGCGCUCCAAUUCUGACUAUGUUGAUGCCCGGCAAGACGUUGUAUAUCGUCAACUCCCUCCCGCUCAUCCAGCAGGUGCAAAAGCAAUAUAGGGCACUCUCGUUCUUUCCAGUGGCUGGUAAAAUGUCGACGCUUGCAUGUGGAGCUGCAGAGACUACGAGGGAGAUUGUCAUGACGAAUGUUCAUGGUGAUGGAGGAGUGGGUAGUGUUUUUGCCGAUGUUAACCCCAUGAUAAGAGAGGUAAUGGCACCUGGUGCAACGCUGGAUGCGAUGAAUAAAGAUAUGAUGGCGACGAUUGGAAGGGCUUUGGAUGAAGUAACUAAAGGCGCUCGAGGAAAAACGCCAAUGAAGCUUUCUUUGAAGUCGUGGAUCAAGGAUUGUGUGACGCAGGCGACGACUAAUGCUAUCUAUGGUCCUGAGAACCCUUUCAAGAAGAAAAGCAUCAAAGAGGCGUUUUGGGAAUUCGAAGACAACUUCCUCUCCGUAAUCAUCGGACUCUUUCCUUCGUUACUCGCCCGCAAAGGCCUCGCCGCACGAGAAAGGGUCGCUCAUAGUUUUAAGACCUACCUGCAAAACGACAACCACAUGAAAGGCUCACCUCUUAUCCAAGGCCGCCAUCGUAUCAACGCCCAGUAUGGAAUUCCAAUCCUAGAUAUCGCCCGCUUCGAAGUCGCAAUGUGCAUCGCCCUACUCGUCAACACCAAUCCUUCCAUGUUCUGGCUCCUCUUCUUCAUCUACUCCAACCCGGCACUUCUGAACGAUAUCCGCGCCGAGCUCGAUCCCACACUUGAAACGUCCAAGAAUGUAGACGGUUCCCUCACUCGUCUCCUCGACUUGACGAAAGUCAAAUCCAAAUGCCCACUUCUCGCUUCCGCCUUCCAGGAAACGCUCCGUCAUAGAGGUAUGAUCAGUUCCGUCCGUCAAGUCAUGGAAGACACAAUCCUCGACGGGAAAUACCUGCUCAAAAAAGACGCCCUCGUACAGAUGCCUGCGAGAGUCGUGCAUAUGGACGCUGCAAUUUGGGGACCUGACGUCGAGGAGUUCAAUCCACAUCGAUUCUUGCGUUCUUCAAACAUGAAGAAAGCGUCUGCAUCUGGCUUUCGCGCUUUUGGGGGCGGGACCAUGUUGUGCCCUGGUAGACACUUUGCGACGACGGAGAUUUUGGCCAUGGUUGCGAUGUGUGUUGUGAGAUUUGAGUUGAAGCCUGUGACGGGGAAGUGGACGAUGCCGACGACGAGGAAUACGGGGGUUGCGGCGGCGGUCAUGGAGCCGGAUCAAGAGGUGGAAGUCGAGGUUAGUUUGAGGAAGGGGUUUGAGGAGGGGACAUGGAGGUUUGGGUUAAGUGAGUCGAAGGAGGUGUUUGCUUUUGUGGAUGAGGAUCAAUGA